AUGUCGAAGACAAGCAGUUUGUUCAGAGCGCUUCUGAUUCUGCUGGCAGCAGAUACUCCAGCUGGCAGCGGAUCAGGGGCCGCCGUGUGCCCUUGCAUCAACAGCAGCUCACCUCUGUACAGCGCCUACCAGUCUGCUCUGGUCGCAGGAGGGCUCCCCGCAACCUUCGGCUUGUCAGGCUGUGCUGCUCAUGACUCCAACGUGUCGAUGUUCGGUUGCGCAACCAAUGCCUUGCCCUUCUGCUUAAACCCGUGGUGCUAUGUUGACAUGGACUUGUGCCCGGAGAACAGAGAGCUAUGUGAGGCCGCGGGUGGUAUGUUAGGCAGCCAGGUGUCUCCCCAUUGCCGCACCAGAAACCACAACCCCGGCGGCACCAACAUCUUGAACCUCUCCGAGCACUACAGCUAUGAGACCUGCGGGUCUCGGAACGUCUACGACACAUCGGAACUGCUAGAGCCCGUUGCUGGGCGCACCAUCCGGGCUGCAGCUGCCGCAUGGGCACCGUGGGUUGUCAAACGAAGGAACCUCAGAAACGAGGACGUUUGGGGCGGUCCUUCCUUCGACUUCUUCAAGACAUCCUUGGAAUUGUUUCACCCGGAGCCUGUGAUCAAGAUCAUUCCUGGAUGGGCCACAGCAGCAUCCAGGGCCAAAUUUCCAGAGAGUUCCUACACUGCCUGUGUGCACGACGUGGCAGUCGGCAACUUCGAUAUUUGUCUUGCUGAUCUUUGGCUCACACCACAGAGGAACCAGCUGGUCACCUUCCUGCCAGCCGUGAGGCAGGACUACUUCUAUUUGGUCGUCAAGAAGGACACAUACGUGGAAGUCGAGUUAACCAUCUGGGAACGUCUGUCGAAGCCUUUCAGCCCCUUUACACCAGGUGCCUGGCUGGGAAUCGUGGGCUUUCUUUGCAUCAUGUCGGUGCUCUUGUGGCUCCGGCAAGUGUGCGAGACAGGCUGCCACGGAGAUGUCAAGACGCUCUGCAAAGACAACGUCGUAGCAAUGCUACGCUCGCUUUUCUUCGUCUGGCACGAUUUUCUUCUCGGCCAGAGUAGCAUGGACGUAGAGACGGGUCCAGUGCGACAGAUUUUCAGCCUAGCGCUGGCUUUCUUCAUCCUCAUCACAUUGGCAAGCUACACCGCUAGCUUGGCCACUGGCCUCGUGGUCCAAACUCCCCCUGACGGCACCAUUAACUCCAUCGAUGAUGCCAUCAAACUUGGCAUGAGAAUCUGUGCUCCCUCGUCCCUUCUGGACACGUUCUCGUCUGUUUACCGAGACGCGUCGUUUGUAGGCGACGAGAUCCAGUUUCUUCCAAGAUUGCUUCACAGGGGUCAGUGUGACGUAAUGGUGCUGUCGCAGGAUGUCAUUCAGACUCUCUUUGCUGGGAAGGUUCGAGAACAGGAUUGUGCAGACUUUCGGGCAGGGCGGAUCACGCAGGAGGAAGCCCAAUGCAGGGAGGGAGACAUGAAGCGUGAUUGCGAGUUCAGCAGAGUUGGCGAUCUUCUCUGGAGCGUGCCACUGUCUUUUCCCGUAAGCGAAGAGCUGGCGCAUACUUUCUCUUGGUCCUUCACGGCUGCCACCACACGCGGUGUCAUGGAGGACGCAAAGAGAAUGAACGCCCAGCUCUUUUCGCAGUCCAUUUGUGAGGACGAGGAGAGUGCCAGCGAAUCCCUGGCAUUGACAUUCGACAAUAUGAGUGGUUCAAUGAUCAUCUCUUUCUUCAUUAUGCUGAUUGGAUUUGUCGUCAUGGCAGCCCGGCAUUUCUACCGUCAGCAGGCCGCAAGCAGUGCCGAAAACGAAGGAUCACCCGAUGAUGGCGAGCUCAAGCGGAACGUUUGA